GGAGACCGUAGAGCGCCUGCGCGACUGCGGCAAAGCGCGUGCGAGCAGCCGUGGGAAACGGUAGCGCUGCUGGGCAGGGAAGGCGAGAACAAAAAAAAAAAAACAGUGAGGCGAGAGGAGCGGAGAACGUGGACAGGAGACAAGAGAGGUCGGAAGAGCGGGGUCCGCAGCCCGGAGAGCUCAGAGCCGAAAGUGCUUCUGCGCCGUAGCCGCGAGUGGUGUGGCAGGAAGCAGCCGCAUCGCGGUACCGUACUGCAGCGCAGCGACGUAGCGCAGCCCAGCCCUCCAUCAUUGAUUCGUCCGCUACGGACUGCGGUGUGCAGUGGCUCUCUGAGAGGGGUCGGUCCGUCUGACUGCGGGGACAGCGAGCGAGCGUCGUCGAGCGGCUAGGCGUCCGUAGGUUAGCUUGGCUGGCGAGGGAAGGCAAGGCGAGAGACUAGAGGAGGAAGAAAGAGAAAAGCCACGUUUGCAGCGUCAUUCCGCCCUCAGUGAGUGUCACACGUCCAGCCCGUCGAGCGUGAAGGAUGGCGGACAGAGAGCAGUCGGUGCAGAAAGCCCGUCUGGCGGAGCAGGCGGAGCGCUACGACGACAUGGCGGCGGCGAUGAAACUGGUAACGGAGAUGAAUGAGCCGCUGUCAAACGAGGACCGCAACCUGCUUUCCGUGGCUUACAAGAACGUGGUCGGGGCCCGGAGGUCCUCCUGGCGAGUGAUUUCCAGCAUUGAGCAGAAGACGGCGGCGGAUGGCAACGAGAAGAAGCUGGAGAUGGUGCGGGCCUAUCGUGAGAAGAUUGAGAAGGAGCUGGAGUCGGUAUGCCACGAUGUUCUCAACCUGCUUGACAAGUACCUCAUCAAGAACUGCACCGAUGCCCAGUUCGAGAGCAAGGUCUUCUACCUGAAGAUGAAGGGUGACUACUACCGCUACCUGGCCGAAGUGGCCACGGGCGAGAAGCGGGCCGCUGUGGUGGAGUCCUCCGAAGCGGCCUACAAGGAGGCCUUUGACAUCAGCAAGGAGCACAUGCAGCCUACCCACCCCAUCCGCUUGGGCUUAGCGCUCAACUUCUCCGUCUUCUACUACGAGAUCCAGAAUGCCCCUGAGCAGGCCUGCCAGCUGGCCAAGCAGGCCUUCGACGACGCCAUCGCCGAGCUGGACACCCUCAACGAGGACUCCUACAAGGACUCCACCCUCAUCAUGCAGCUGCUGCGAGACAACCUCACCCUGUGGACCAGUGACCAGCAGGACGACGAAGCGGGGGAGACUAAUAACUAAAGCCGUCCAUCGAUGUGUUUGGCAUUACUGGCUGUCCCCCCUCCCCACCCUCCCCACCUGCCCCUAUCCCUGUCUCAGUGAGCCCUAAACAUGUUCCUCCUUGGCAUACCAUGACCACACCCUAUCCAUCUCUGGUCUGUCUACCCAACAUCUGAGUCCUCCACCCAGCCACCCACCCCCUGCUCCCCUGUUUGCUUGGUCCUUUCGCUCACCUUUCCUGCACCUACCUCUCCAACCCUGUCCUUUCACAGUUUUGGUACCUACUCUCCCAUCCCUCUAUAUGUCCUGAUCUGCACCAAAUACUUUUCUUGCCACAUCUUUCACUCUCCAGUCCAUCCCCUUCUCCACUGUGCAGCCCUGUGUUGUGUGUAUCUGCAGUAAUUGGAGCAGGAUGUCCUCGUUGCAAGUGACGGUGGGUUUGGAUGCAACGUCAGAAGGCCAAGAGCUUUUUCGGCCCGCAUGGAAACGCUCGUCUGCUUCCUCGAAUUGUAAGACCGUUCUGUAGUGGCCCUUAGUUUUGGGUUCUGUUCUCAGCGCUCGCUAGAAGACGUGACUAUACGCACUACGGUGAAACUGCUAAGUCUCACGUGUUUGCGCGGUUGGUGCCAUUUUGUGUUCCUCGAAGGCUCGUGUCGCGCCCUAAUGUACGCGUUUUUGUGUUGAAGCGCGUGCGGAGGCUGUUCUGCGGCGCGUUUGGGUAGUUGGACGGAUGCCUCAUUCUACCCACGGCGUGCGGUGCCGUCGUGGUUGCCUUAGCAACUGCGGUGACCGUGACGGUCCCGAGAUGGUGCAGUGGUCUUGCAUGCGGCUCUCCUUUUGAAGGAUGAGGCUGUCGCUGCGAUUGAAGUCGUCGGCAGGGUCGACCGUCUGCAAACUCCGGGUUUGUUUCGCGCCGGGUCACUCUUUGCAUUUGCGUCUUGCGUGACGGGGAGCUAAUUCUACCCAUCUACGCAGUUGGGCUGAGUGACCCUGAACCCCCCCACCCCUUCCGACCCCCAUCCCGGAGCCUCGCUGCCACGGUCCCGUCCCGACUGCAUGCAUCCUAGUUAGAAGAGAGGGCGAAGGAGGAGAGUUUUUGUUUUGCUCCAUUCCGCCGCCACCUUCUGCUGCACCGCCGUGGUCCUCGUGCUCAAACCAGAAAGCUAUUGGAGCAGAAGCGAAAGGAAAUGUGUACCAGUGCUUCGAACACCUUGCAGAGCAGAUGUGGAGGGUAUUUGGGCCAAAACCACAUGGUUUGUCGCAACAGUUAAUUUCAUUAUCCGUUACAAAAAGUUGUGUUCUCUACGGAAACGACAAGUCUCUUUCUUUCGUAUAGGAGUCACACGUAUAUUUAAUAUGCGGAUAUUAAAUAAUUUCUAAGAAUCCUAAAAUUAGACGUAAUUUUUUUUUUCCAUGUUUUGAAGCUCGGUUCGGAACAGCGGUUGGCCCAAUCAUGGUAAACAUUUGCAGGUUUCCCGAAGAAUGAGCUAAACAGCCAACUUAAUUUUUGCCAAGCCUUUGGAUGGAAUAAGAAACAAAAAAACGUGUUGCUUCAAAUAUUCUAAUACAUGUUCUAAUAAACACAAUGUAUCAUUUAAUGAGAUGUUUGAGUUUUUAAGUUAUUUGUUUUCAGAAAAAAAAUAAUCGGCAGAGCAAUUAGCUGCUAUCAGUGUUCUGUUUGGCAUGUCUGUAAGAUCGAUUGCGAUGAACAGCCGGACCUGGAGUGGGAAUCUCCUGGAGGCACAGGGCUGAAAUAAAGGUUGCUCCUGGAUACUGCU